UCUUCCUUCUUUCCUGCACAGAGUGGGGUUUCGAUUCGCCUCUUCUUCUUCGGAUCCGCCGGGAGAACCCCACUUCGGACGGUCCGCGACCCAUUUUGUGAACCCUUUUGUAGUGAAAUUUUUUUUUUUUUUUGGCGAAUUGAUUCGAUCGAAGUUUGCUGCUUCGACUUUCUUGAAUUUGCUCGGCGGUGAGGGGAUACGAGAGAGGUGUGAGUUCAACGCUGUCGUUCACAGUCCCCUCUUUUCACUGCUGGGUUUUCCUGUCUUUCUUAUUUGUAUCAAGUGUCUUGCCUAUUUUUACCCAACGACUGGCGCUCUGAAAGGGAAGAAAGCCCUAACUGUUUUGCUCGUUUCUUGGUAGUGAUACCCGAUUGAGGUCGCGACCACUUUGCGCGUUUUAGUUUUGCUGCGGUUAAAAAUUUCUCCGUUCGCGUCCAGAUCGGUUCUGCCGCACUUCCACAGAAGGUGGUUGCACAGCCUUUGUUUCAAGCCGCUGUCUUUUGGUAGUUUUCAGCCUUUGAGUUUUGUAAUGGCUGGUGAAUUCUCAGUGGCCCUUCCCAAUGGCAACUCCAAUGGGACUCCACCUGAUCCACAAAGGACUUACCAGGUUAUUGUGGCUGCAACUCGAGAUAUGGGUAUAGGCAAGGAUGGAAAACUUCCCUGGAGGUUGCCCUCUGAUCUCAAAUAUUUUAAGAGCGUUACUCUUACGACAGUUGAUCCUGGGAAAAAGAAUGCGGUCAUCAUGGGUAGAAAAACAUGGGAAAGUAUUCCUCCUGAGCAUAGGCCUCUACCUGGCCGCCUCAAUGUUGUUCUCACUCGUUCUGGGAGCUUUGAUAUUGCAACUGCAGAGAAUGUCAUCAUAUGUGGAAGCAUGUGUUCUGCCUUGGAUUUAUUGGCUUCAUCUCCUUACUGUUUAUCAAUUGAGAAAGUUUUUGUCAUUGGCGGUGGCCAGAUAUUUAGGGAAGCUCUCAAUGCUCCUGCAUGUGAUGCCAUCCACAUAACUGAAAUUGAGACACCAGUUGAAUGUGACACUUUUAUGCCCAUGGUUGAUACAACUGUCUUUCACCCAUGGUACUCGUCCUUUCCCGUUGUUGAAAACAAUAUCCGAUACUCUUUUACUACUUAUGUCCGUGUAAGAUGUUCUGCACUGGAGUCUCUGCCUCAGACAAAUGGUCUGAUCUUCAACGGUAAGACGGAUUCUGUGAAGUUUGAGGUGAAGACUUUUGCUGUUCUGCCCAAGAUGAUUUUUGAGAGACAUGAAGAGUACCUGUAUUUGAGAUUAGUCGAAGAUAUACUGUUAAAUGGCACUCCAAAGGAUGACAGGACUGGAACUGGUACCAUAUCAAUGUUUGGAUGCCAGAUGCGGUUCAAUCUGCGCAAAAACUUCCCUCUUUUGACAACUAAGAAAGUAUUUUGGCGCGGAGUUGUUGAAGAGCUUUUGUGGUUCAUAAGUGGUUCUACAAAUGCCAAGGUUCUUCAGGAAAAAGGCAUUCAUAUAUGGGAUGGCAAUGCAUCUAGAGACUACCUUGAUGGGCUUGGUCUGAAAGAUCGAGAAGAAGGUGACUUGGGACCAGUUUAUGGCUUUCAAUGGCGGCAUUUUGGUGCUAGGUAUAGUAAUAUGCAUGCUGACUAUACCGGCCAAGGAUUUGAUCAGCUGUUGGAUGUUAUUUACAAGAUCAAGAAUAAUCCUGAUGAUCGUCGAAUUAUACUCUCUGCUUGGAAUCCUUCUGAUUUAAAAUUGAUGGCACUUCCACCUUGCCACAUGUUUGCGCAGUUCUAUGUUGCAAAUGGGGAAUUGUCAUGUCAAAUGUAUCAGCGCUCUGCUGACAUGGGAUUGGGAGUGCCAUUCAACAUUGCUUCUUAUGCUCUCCUUACAUGCAUGAUUGCUCAUGUUUGUGAUCUUUCUCCUGGUGAUUUUGUCCAUGUUAUCGGGGAUGCUCAUGUUUAUCGUACCCAUGUUAGACCUCUGGAGGAACAACUUCAGAAAGCACCCAAGCCCUUUCCAAUUUUAAAGAUAAACCCAGAGAGGAAGGAUAUAGACUCUUUCUUAGCAGCUGAUUUCAAACUAAUCGGAUAUGACCCUCAUGAUAAACUAGAAAUGAAAAUGGCAGUCUAGAGUUAAAGAUUUGGUGAUAUGGUGGAUUCAUGGACUUCCUUGUCAAUUUUAUAUACAGGAGGAAACAUUUGGGGAUUGCAACCGUUUCCAGUGAUACUGAAGAAGGCACUGUCAAUUACAGUAGAAUGUUUUUGUAUUAAUGUCUCGUGGUGUUCCUACUUUCUUUAGUUUAGGAGUUGAUAUUAAAGGGAGUCCAGUCUUGUCACACAGCUAAUCAACUAGUGUUAGUCAUAUAAUAGUAGUGUGGUAGUUGAGACUCUAGGCAGUCAGAAGUUGUUCAGAAUAUGGAUAAGAUGCUUCUGCUGUUUCAGUAUCAAUCGUUAUACCUGAGCCUGACGGCGGUUGUGUUUUUGAGACUUUGU